AGCCUAAGGAGAACUCUCGCUCAUUUUGCUAGAGGAGUUGCAAGGGAGUGCAGGGACUGUCUUCCGACGAUGGCUCGCAUCUUCCUUCUUGCCCUCCUGGGGCAAUUGUGCUUCCUUCCCUACUUGGAUGCUAUCACAAGUUCUCCCAAAGUUCAGGUUUAUUCCCGCCACCCACCGGACAGUGACAAAGAUAACUACGUGAACUGCUUUGUGUCAGGAUUCCACCCUCCCCAGAUCAGCAUUGACCUGUUAAAAAAUGGGCAAAAGAUUGAAAAAGUGGAGAUGUCCGACCUGUCCUUCAGCAACGACUGGACUUUCCAUCGCCUUGUCUCUGCUCCUUUCGAUCCAAAGUCUGAACAUGACUAUGCCUGUAAAGUUUCCCAUUCAACCCUCGAAGCACCUAAAGUGGUUAAAUGGGACCCAGAAAGCAACUAACGUCCAUAAUGAAGGGUGAGCUGUUCACGUUGUACAUUUGGAGGCUUCAAGAAAUUUGGCCUGAAAUGGAAGGAUUUUAAAUAUGCCUUUAUUUUCCUGAAAUUUCAUUUAAAUAGGAUUUGGCUUUAGUUUAGCUAAAUUUAAUUUGAGUAGGUAUAGAAAUGCUAACAGUCUUCUUUUCUUUAAAGUUUCACUUUGUUUACCUUCUAUGCAUGUAUCAUGUAGGCAAAUCUUGGGAGAUUCAGUAUUUGUUCCCUUUGUCAGUCCUGAAUUAUUCAGUUACUUCAUGCAGAAUGAUUAACUAUAUUAUAUUCUAUAAACAUCUGAAACUGGCUGAUAAACUCAUUGAUACUCAGAAUCUCAAACUCUUGACUGCUUCUGUGUUUAGAAUUUUAUAGGAUAAUUUGAAUAUAAUGUUAUCAGUAUCACUGGAGGCUUUUUAACCAAUAACAGAGUACAACCUUCACUCCUAGUGUAACUGCCAGAUCUCAGCUCAAUCAAUAACCUAACAAGUAUUGACUAAGGACCAGAGUUCUGAAAUGGCCAGAACACUCAGUAUGUGAACAUCCCUCUGGGAGUCCUGAACCUUGCCUCUGUCAAAAAGUCAGGAAAGAAAAAGCACACUGGCAGCAAUUUUUGUAUUAGCUGUUAAUAGCAUCUGAAAAGGAAACCCCUAAAAUCUGCUUACCUAAAAUUUGCAUAUUUCAAUUAAUAAAACAAUUGUGAAACUA